AUGCCGUCUCUUGACGUGAGAGAACUCAACAUUGUGUUGGGGGUUCUAGGAACCUUUAUUGUGCUCUACGGCCUUAUAUCUGUCAAAAUCAAGGCCAGGUGGUACUUGGGUGAAGCACCCGCCAAGUUCAUAAACAGUGAGAGAUGGGGAUCGAAAACUCCGGGACAGACUGAAGCCAUUACUCUUGGCGUGGCCAGAGUAAUGAUCGGUCUCCAACUGGUAAUCGCCGGCUACCAACUCCCAGCCAAGUACAACCUUACCCCCUGGAAGGAAAUGGCCAUGUGUCUCCUGCCCAUCAUGACAAUCAUGUGGCUCUGCACAAUUGUUUGCAUGCUUGCGACUGUUCCAAAAAUCACCCUACUCGCCGCCCUCGUCAUCGGCUCCUGCGUCACUUGUACAUUGUCUUUCUGUCGGUUGUGUAUGGUGCCGUUCAAAUGGAUCGACGGAGAGUCGUAUGUUCUCUUCCCAACUGCGCUUGGCAUGUUCCUCGUCGGCACCUGCGGCGCCAUCGGGACCGACGAUCUCCUCGCCUGUUUCGUGGCCGGCAACGCCCUCAACUGGGACGGAGACUACCUUGCCGAAACAGAGCGCCGCCACGACCAAGUCAACCCUUGCGUUGACGUGCUUCUCAACUUUGGCGGCUUCAUGCCUCACCUAUGGACGACUGAUACUCCUCGGCUUCAUGGCUCUCAUCUUUCGCCGCACUCCCGCAUCAUGAUCUCGUACAAACUCAUGCCGGGAGUAGUUAAGGACUGGAAAGAAGCCCUGUUUAUGGGAUACUUUGGGCCCAUUGGUGCCGGGGCUGUUUUCUACGCCGAGCACGGCCGCCAUCUGUUCCCGGAGCUGGGCAAGGGCGACGAGCAAGAGACGAAUUUGGCCAGGGCAAUCGGCCCCGUCGUCUAUUGGCUUGUCCUGUUUUCCAUUGUCGUCCAUGGCCUGUCCAUUCCGGCACUCAACCUCAUCUACACGUACAUGGGGGUGAAGCCAAUCCAGGAAGACGCCGUUGAGAUCCGACGCAUAUCUAUGCCCCAGGCGAUGCCCAACAAUGCCUUCGCCGGGGGCAGAGACCCAUUAUCGCCUAUAAUCGCUUCGGCCGGCCCGUUUUCGAUCCCUCGGAGGUGCCCAUGUCCACAGAUGAUGCCUUCACCAAUCCUCGUCCGCUGUUCGCUGACGACACAAAGUUACGCGACAAGCUAG